AUGGACCAACAUGCAUGGAUUCUAGUGGCAACCGACUAUUUUACUAAAUGGGUCGAGGCGGAGUCCUAUCAGUCAAUUUCUAGCGCACAGGUGGUCAAAUUCUUCGAAAAUCACAUCGUCCACAAAUUCGGUAUACCUGAAACUAUCACAGCCGAUAACGGCCCAGUUUUCGCGUCAGCCAAGACUCGGGAGUACACCGAAAGGAUGGGGAUCAAAUUGAUUCACUCAACACCUUACUACCCCCAAUCUAACGGACAGGCCGAGGUGAGCAACAAGGUAAUCAAGGGCAUCCUUGAGAAAAUGAUUGAGGACCUAGGGCAUGGCACGAAUUGCUCCGUGAAGCCCUUUGGGCUUACUGAGUCUCAAAAUGAUCGGCUACGGGCUCAUCCCCUUAUGCCUUAA